AGCAUUUACUGUCACUGACUCAUCUGCCGCUCCUGCGCCUGCGCCUCGGGAUCUACCAACUCCUUACUCCAGUAAAGGGGGAGGGUAGGGAGCUGGGGUGGAGCGGACCAUUAGGGUUGCCGGGAGCCAUGUUGGUGUUGAAUGAAGGGAGGGUGAGGAGAUGCUGCGCCCGGAGAGUCUGGGAAGAACCGAGUAGAUGGUAGCUGCCAAGGCAAGGAGACAGACGGGAGGAACGGGGGAGGGGAGCACUGCUGCCCAGUGAGGGCUGCUCCGUGCCAGGAGGACAAGGUGGGAUACUAUGGCUGCUCUGCUGCUGGGAACAAGCCUGUCUUUGCAUCUCUUCCAGCUGCUUCUCCUCCUCUCCUCCAGCCCUUUGUUCACUUGUAGCCUGGAGAAGCAUGCAGGAAGCUGGGAGAACACCGGGAGCCUCAGCCCUCCUCCAGUCAUGUGCAUUGUGGAGAAGGGGGCUUGCAUUGCAAGGCUGCUCCUGCUGCUGGGUGACAUCAAGGGGGCUCAGUGCAUGGUGGAAGCCCAUCAGGCCAAAGGUAAUGGCAGCCAGGAGGGCUUCUUCAGGCACCCAUGGCAUUCAAGCUUUGGUUGGGGACCUUUAGCAAGGAGGAUUGCUGGACAAUUGUCUGGGUGCAGCUUUGCAAAGUGCAUUCAUAGAACUUGGGGGUCAAGCCAGCCCAGUGCAUGCAGGUGCAUUCCUAUAGGGGGCUGCAGAGGGAAACCAAUGCAUGGACCUGGCACCUGCUUUUAUCUGCCAAAUUCCAGCUCUGUGCCUCCAGCCUGUGUUAUUAUAAGGACCAAGGACCACCAGACCAAAGGGGACCCCCCUCCCUGUCACUGGAUUACAAAUGUGCCACUGCUACCUAAGGAUUGUCUGCUCACCUUCGGACCCCAUUGCCUUAAGAAUCACAGUAAAGACAUUUUUGUUCUUUUACAACACUGCCAGCCAAUACUACUGACAUUCAGUGAUGCCGCGCCAAGCAAUAGGACAAUGUUUAAGAGGAGUUCCUUACAACACAUUGUGGUCAGUAGGAGUGACAGGUAUGUCAUUGCUCUGAGAAUUAACAGUAGUUGCCUUUCCAACCUGAACUGUCCACUUGUCUUCCCCACGCGUUGCUUUUGUAGAAGUUUUCUGGGGGGCGCAGGAGGUGGGCAUCGUACCCGGGACAGUGACAGCGGUGACUUGAAUGUGGAUGGACAUUGUGCUACUCUGGGGAUUGUAAUGGUUAAAAGUAGUGGAUCUGGUCAAGCCCAUGGGGGCUCAUGUGGUUUGUUUUGCUGUGCAGAUGACCAGGGGGUUUACGGAUCUCCCGGUGAGAGGAAUUGUACUAGGAAUUUCCUGAUCCUUGCCUUUUUGCCUAAAGAAGACACUCGUCCGGUUGUGCUAUGUAUAAACCAGCAUUCCCUCCAGGUCAUCAGGCGCUGUCAAUGGAGACAUCUACGGUGGCAUAAUUUAUCUGAUAUAAAAUGGGGAAGAUUGGACUGUCAAAUGCCUGAAUAUUACACAGAUCAUCUCCAGCCUAUAUUUUCAUCAGUAAUUUGUAUCAAUGGGGCUGACCAUUUGGUUGUAUACACUUGCUCUGGAUUAAUGGAUGGUGGUCAGUGUGGGGGUGUAUCUGCAGGUAGUCAGUUUUGUGAGCUCCUCCGGGAUCUGCGGUGGUUGAGCAGCAUUGAGAAUUGCUUGAGAGAGCAGCCCGGAGACAACACGUGGAGAGAGGAUAUUUCAGCACCAGCAGAUCAGACAGCUCCCAGGGUGGCUCCAGCUGCUCCUACACAUCCCUCAGCUCUCUUCCCUCAGUUGGAGCUGUCCCUGAAAGAACCCUGCUCUGUUUAUUUCCCAUUUAACACCACCAAAGGUUGCUCAAAAGCUACUUUUCCACUAUCUGACCUAGGAAAGCUUGCAAAUAUUGACCUGUAUACUCAGCAGCAAUUAUCCAGCAGCAAAGAAAUGCAGCCGAAUCCAUUCCACCUCCCUCAUAUAUCACAUACACACGGUGUCAAACAGGGGAUCAGUGGGAGGAGAAGAGAGAGGGCAUCCCUUCCAUUAAUAAGAACACGAAGGGCAGCCAACCGGCAUCCUCACUUUCCCCAAUAUAAUUAUCAGGUUCAGGUGGCUGAAAAUCAGCCCCCAGGGACCCCUGUGAUAACCAUGACAGCACAGGACCCUGAUACUGGGGAAUCUGGGAGGGUGGUGUACACUAUGGAUGCCUUGAUGAAUAGCAAAUCUUUAGAGCUCUUCAGUAUAGAUUCAGUGACAGGUUUAAUCUCCACCACUGAAAUCCUAGACAGGGAAAACAUGGAUCUCCAUUAUUUUCGAGUCACAGCCAUAGACCAAGGGAGUCCCCGUUUGUCAGCGACCACUAUGGUGGCUGUUACCGUCAAUGACAAAAAUGACCAUAGCCCAUCAUUUGAGCAGACGGAGUACAGGGAGAGCAUUAGGGAGAAUGUAGAAGAGGGGUACCCCAUAUUGCAGCUGAGAGCCACCGAUAUUGACUCUCAAGCCAAUGCCAAUAUUAAGUAUCGAUUUGUCAAUGAACAAGCCGCCCAUUCAGUUUUCGAAAUAGAUGCGAGGUCAGGACUUAUCACCACCAGUGGGCAAGUAGAUCGGGAAAAAAGGGAAAAAUAUUCAUUCAUUGUGGAAGCCAGUGAUCAAGGUAAAGACCCAGGCCCCAGGUCAUCUACUGUGAAGGUUGAGAUUACUGUAUUAGACGAAAAUGACAAUGUUCCCCAGUUUAGUGAGAAACGUUACAUAGUUCAGAUCAGAGAAGAUAUCAAACCUCAUACUGAGAUUGUAAGAGUUACAGCCACAGAUCUUGAUAAGGACAGUAAUGCCGUGGUCCAUUAUAAUCUUAUCAGUGGCAACAGCAGGGGUCAGUUCUCAAUUGACAGCUUGAAUGGAGCUAUACAGGUCGUAACCCCGCUAGACUUUGAAACUGAGAGGGAAUAUACUCUUAGAGUCCGUGCCCAGGACUCAGGCCGCCCUCCCCUUUCAAACAACACUGGCAUGAUAAGCGUGCAAGUCAUAGACAUUAAUGACCAUGCUCCCAUAUUUGUUAGUACCCCUUUUCAAGUAAAUGUGUUAGAAAAUGUCCCCUUGGGUCAUUCCGUGAUUCACAUCCAAGCUGUUGAUGCCGAUUAUGGCGAAAAUGCCCGUAUGGAAUACAAGUUACUUGGGGUCUCCUCCACAACCCCAUUCGUAAUAAACAGUGCAACUGGUUGGAUCAGUGUAAGUGGGCAGCUGGAUAGAGAGACUGAAGAGCGCUACUUGUUUGGGGUUGAGGCCCGCGAUAAUGGUAACCCUCCAUUGUCUGCUUCAGCCAGUGUCACCAUCACAAUCUUGGAUGUGAAUGACAAUAGGCCUGAGUUUACCCAAAGGGAUUAUUUUAUUCGUCUAAAUGAAGAUGCCAGUGUGGGUACCAGUGUGCUUACUGUCACUGCAAUAGACAGGGAUGUAAACAGCAUCAUCUCAUAUCAGAUCACUGGAGGUAAUACUCGCAAUCGCUUUGCCAUUACUACUCAGGGUGGAGCAGGGUUAAUAACUUUGUCAUUACCCCUUGACUACAAACAGGAAAGACGUUAUGUUCUUAUGGUGACAGCUUCUGACCGUAUCCUGCAUGAUAACUGUUACGUCCAUAUAAACAUCACUGAUGCAAACACUCACCGACCAGUCUUUCAAAGCCCGCACUACACUGUCGAUAUCAAUGAAGAUCGCCCCAUUGGAAGCACUGUGGUGAUAAUUAGUGCUACUGAUGAUGAUGUGGGGGAAAAUGCCAGGAUCACUUACUUUCUGGAAGACAAUAUUCCUCAAUUUCGUAUCAAUCAAGAUAGUGGAGCCAUCACACUCAAUGCCCCCCUAGACUAUGAGGAUCAGAUGACGUACAGUCUUGCUGUUGUAGCAAAAGAUAAUGGAAUUCCCCAAAAAUCUGACACCACUUAUGUGGAAAUAAUGGUUAAUGAUGUCAAUGACAAUGCCCCUCAGUUUCUGAACAUGCAAUAUCAUGGGAUAGUCUCAGAGGAUGCCCCUCCCUUUACGAGUGUCCUUCAAAUCUCUGCCACUGACCGGGAUUCUCAUGCGAAUGGAAGGGUGCAAUAUACUUUCCAAAAUGGAGAAGAUGGAGAUGGAGAUUUUACUAUUGAACCAACCUCAGGUAUCAUUCGUACUGUACGGAAGUUGGACCGGGAAACUGUUCCCUUCUAUGAGUUGACAGCCUAUGCUGUGGACAGGGGUAUCCCUCCGCAGAGAAGUCCAGUCCGUAUUCAAGUAGCAGUUCAGGAUGUCAAUGACAAUGCCCCUGUCUUCCCAGCGGAUGAAUUUGAGGUCUUUGUGAAGGAAAACAGUAUUGUUGGCUCAGUUGUUGGUAGGAUCAAGGCUUUGGAUCCUGAUGAGGGUCCAAAUGCCCAAAUCAUGUAUCAGAUUGUUGAAGGUAAUAUUCCUGAAAUUUUCCAAAUGGAUUUUUUUUCUGGAGAGCUCACCGCCCUAAUAGAUUUGGACUAUGAGACAAAAUCUGAGUAUGUCAUCGUGGUUCAGGCCACCUCAGCACCCCUGGUUAGCAGAGCCACAGUACAUAUUAAGCUAAUUGAUCAAAACGACAAUACUCCCAUUCUAAAGAACUUUCAGAUUCUGUUCAAUAAUUACAUCUCCAACAGCUCCAACACUUUCCCCUCUGGGGUCAUUGGGAAGAUACCGGCUUAUGAUCCCGAUGUAUCAGACAGACUCUUCUACACCUUUGAACGUGGGAACGAACUAAAUCUUUUGAUAGUCAACCACACCAGUGGAGAGUUAAGACUCAGCCGGAAACUGGACAACAACCGACCCUUGAUGGCAUCAAUGUUGGUCACGGUAUCAGAUGGGAUCCAUAGUGUCACUGCCCAAUGUGUCCUGCGUGUUCUCAUCAUCACAGAAGACAUGUUAUCUAACAGUAUCACGGUCCGUCUGGAGAACAUGUCUCAGGAGCGGUUCCUGUCUCCCUUGUUGACCAGCUUCUUAGAGGGAGUAUCGACCGUGUUAGCCACCCCAAAGGAAGACAUCUUCAUUUUCAACAUUCAGAAUGACACCGACGUGAAGAGCUCCAUACUCAACAUCAGCUUCUCUGCUCUUGUACCCCAGGGUGACCGCUCACAGUUUUUCAGCUCAGAAGACCUUCAGGAGCAACUAUAUAUGAAGCGGAUGACUCUAACCUCAGCAUCCAUGCUGGAAGUCUUACCAUUUGAUGAUAACGUCUGUCUACGUGAACCUUGUGAAAACUAUAUGAAGUGUAUAUCUGUGCUGAAGUUUGACAGCUCAGCACCAUUCAUUGCUUCUGAAUCUAUUCUUUUCCGUCCCAUUCACCCCAUCACUGGUCUACGCUGCCGAUGCCCUCAGGGCUUUACUGGGGAUUAUUGUGAAAUCGAGAUUAAUCUUUGCUAUUCGAAUCCUUGUCAAAAUGGAGGUGUGUGUGCCAGAAGAGAAGGAGGAUACACCUGUAUAUGCCAGGAGCGCUUCACAGGUGACAACUGUGAAGUGGACAGUAGCUCAGGACGCUGCGUACCCGGUGUCUGCAGAAAUGGGGGGACAUGCACUAACUUGGCAGAAGGAGGCUUCACAUGCCAGUGUCCAUCUGGAGGCUUUGAGAAGCCAUACUGCGAACUGUCAACACGUUCCUUUCCUCCUAAAUCGUUUGUCAUGUUCCGAGGAUUGCGGCAGAGAUUCCAUAUGAGUCUGUCACUGUCAUUUGCCACCAAAGAGAAGAACGGCCUUCUGUUUUACAAUGGACGCCUCAAUGAGAAGCAUGACUUCAUUGCGGUGGAGAUUAAUGACGGACAAUUGCAGCUGAAAUACUCCACAGGUGAAUCAAGCACCAUGGUGGCCCCCUACGUCCAUGGAGGGGUUAGUGAUGGGAAGUGGCACACGGUACAGCUCCGCUACUACAACAAGCCUAAGACCGGGUCUAUGGGAGUGGCUCAAGGACCCUCCAAGGAGAAAGUGGCUGUGCUGGCGGUGGAUGAUUGUGACAUUUCUGUGGCCUUGAAAUUCAGCAGUGAGAUUGCAAACUAUACAUGUGCUGCUGAGGGUGUCCAGUCCAGUUCCAAAAAAUCUCUGGAUCUCACGGGUCCUCUUCUUCUCGGUGGAGUCCCCAAUCUCCCUGAAAACUUCCCAGUGACACACAGAGAGUUCAUAGGAUGUAUGAAGGAUCUGUAUAUUGAUAGUAGGAAGAUUGACCUGGCUUCAUACAUAGCAAAUAAUGGGACCUCUGCUGGGUGUAAUGCAAAGCAAUCAUUUUGUGAGCCCAACCCCUGUAAAAAUGGAGGCCAUUGCACAUCGGGCUGGGGCACAUACUCUUGUGAUUGUCCAUUGGGUUUUGGAGGAAAAGAUUGCAAGAUUGCGAUGUACCAUCCUUAUCAUUUCAAUGGAAGUGGAGUUUUGUCUUGGGACUUUAAAAAUGAGGUGAAAAUCUCAAUACCUUGGUUUAUGGGUCUAACAUUCCGAACGCGCCGGACCGAUGGACUACUGCUGCAGGUGCAUGCUGGCCAGUAUACCACGAUUCAGUGCCAGCUGGUUUCUGGACAGGUCUCAUUCUCUGUCAGCCGUGGCUCCAGUAGAGCUUCCACGCUCCUGUUGGAUCAGAUGCAGGUCAAUGAUGGGAGGUGGCAUGACCUGCAAAUGGAGUUGCGUGAUGUGCGUAGUGGACGUGAAACGCGUUAUGUUAUCACCAUCAACUUGGAUUAUGGAUUUUACCAGGACACAGUAAAUGUUGGGAAUGAACUUCAUGGACUCAGGGUUAAACACCUUUCUGUGGGGGGAAUUCUGACAGCUCAGGAGGUACAGAAUGGUUUGGAAGGCUGUAUACAGGGACUGCGCCUUGGAGAAACACCCAGUGGCAUCACUUUGCCUAAGCCAACAAACCUCUUAAAUGUAAAAAACGGUUGCAACGUCACCAACAUGUGUGAUCCCAACCCCUGCCAGGGGAACAGCUCUUGUGUGGAUACGUGGCUGGGCUAUGCUUGCAUCUGUAACCCAGGAUUCCUAGGAGAUAACUGCAUGGAUAUUUGUCAGCUGAACCCUUGUCAAAAUAAGGGGGUGUGCACUCAUCGCCCUGACCAUCCCCUGGGUUAUACAUGUGAGUGCUCAGGGAACCAUUUUGGAAGAUAUUGCGAGCACAGAAUGGAUCAUCAGUGCCCAAAAGGCUGGUGGGGGAAUCGAACCUGUGGACCCUGUAACUGUGAUGUCAAUAAGGGCUUUGAUAUAAACUGCAAUAAGACAACUGGGCAGUGCCAUUGCAAGGAAUAUCAUUAUCGCCCCAAAACCAGUGAUACAUGUUUGCCCUGCGAUUGUUACCCCAUUGGAUCUUCUUCAAGGUCAUGUGAUCUGGAUACUGGACAAUGCUUUUGUAGACCUGGAGUGAUUGGACGCCAGUGCAACAGCUGUGACAACCCGUUUGCUGAGGUUUCACCAAGUGGCUGUGAAGUCAUUUAUGAUGGAUGUCCAAAAACGUUGACUUCAGGUGUUUGGUGGCCCAGGACCAAGUUUGGCCUCCCGGCUGCUGUCCCCUGCCCAAAAGGCUCCCUAGGUGUAAGGGGCUCAGGAGCUGCCAUACGACACUGUGAUGAUGUACGGGGUUGGGUUGAACCAGACUUGUUUAACUGUACGUCACCGGCAUUCACGGAACUAUCUACAUUGUUGGACAGUCUGGAGAGAAAUGAGACAGAACUGAAUACCAUCGAGUCCAAGAAACUGUCUCUGCGUCUUCACUCUGUGACAGACCACACGGACCAGUAUUUCGGAAAUGACAUCCACAUAACCUACCGCUUGCUGUCUCUCCUCAUGCAGUUUGAGAACAGACAGGAAGGGUUUGGACUAACAGCUACACAAGACGCUCAGUUCACAGAGAACCUUUUCCAGACAGGAAGUUCCAUCUUAACUUUGAAUAACAAGGAGCAUUGGGAAAUGCUUCUGCAGAAUGACCAUGGCAGUGCCGGGCUCAUGGACCUGUUCCAAGAAUAUAGCAGCACCCUGGCCAAGAACAUGAAACUUACCUAUCUGAACCCGGUUGGCCUGGUGACCCCUAACAUUAUUGUUAAUAUCGAGCGAGUGGAUAAUCAGAUACCGCCAAGAAAACAUUUUCCAAGGUAUCACAGCAGUCUCUUCCGAGGUCAGAUUUCCUGGGAUCCUCAUACCCACGUGGUGCUGCCAGCCUCAGUCCUAAACCCGCCUAAGCCAGAAGUUGUGCCAUCUCCAACCAGCCCUGAGACCAACAUAACCACAGCUGUACCUCCACCAAAGAGAGUCAUUCCAGAGCCAGAACCUGCGCCAACCAUACUUAUUCUCAUUGUUUACCGCACCAUGGGGGACCUAUUGCCAGCACGUUAUAACACAGAGAAAAGGAGUCUUAGGCUUCCCAAAAAUCCGGUGAUGAAUACCCCUAUCGUGAGUGUGUCCGUUCUCAGAGACCAGUCCUUUAUCCAUGGGGACCUGGAGGGGCCACUGAUAAUAGACUUUCAGCUGCUGGAAACAGUGAACAGAAGCAAACCUGUCUGUGUACAAUGGAAUCACACAACUCAAAUAGACCAACCUGGUAGUUGGACAGCUAAGGACUGCGAGCUGAUCUUCAGGAACACUACACAUGUGCGCUGCCAGUGCUCCCAGUUUGGUAGUUUUGGAGUUCUUAUGGAUGGUUCCCAUCGAGAGCAAAUGGAGGGAGAUCUGGAGACCUUGGCGGUGGUCUCUUACACCUGUGUGUCCAUCUCAUUGGUGGCUCUUCUAUCAACUUUUGCGAUCCUCACGUCUCUGAAGGGGAUGAAAUCCAACACCCGAGGAAUCCACUCUAAUAUCGCCGCUGCACUCAUCUUCUCCGAGCUCGUGUUUUUAUUUGGCAUUAACAGCACAGAAAAUGAGUUCCUGUGCACCGUGAUCGCUAUCCUGCUUCACUAUUUCUUCCUGUCCACAUUUGCCUGGUUAUUUGUGGAUGGGCUCCAUAUUUAUCGCAUGCAGACAGAAGUCAGGAACAUUAACUACGGAGCCAUGAGGUUUUACCAUGCUAUUGGUUGGGGUGUUCCCGCCAUUAUUACAGGUUUGGCGGUGGGACUUGACCCUGAAGGUUAUGGAAAUCCAGACUUUUGCUGGAUCUCAAUCCAUGAUAAACUUGUGUGGAGUUUUGCUGGCCCCAUCACUAUUGUUAUUCUGCUAAAUGGUGUUAUGUUCCUCAUGGUGGCUAAACUUGUAUGCUCCCCUGGACAGAAGGAAACAAAGAAAAAAUCUGUGCUCAUGACUAUACGAAGCUCCUUCAUUCUCCUCCUGUUUAUCAGCACUGCCUGGCUAUUCGGUCUGCUGGCUGUAAAUAACAGCAUUCUGGCCUUUCACUACCUCUAUGUUCUCCUCUGCAGCCUGCAGGGUUUGGCAGUGCUGGUUCUUUUCUGUGUACUCAAUGAAGAAGUCCAAGAAGGCUGGAAAAUUGUAUGUCUUGGCAAAAAGGGCCAGGGAGAGGAGUCAUCCAGACAAGCCCCUAUGGGGGGUGGUCCCAAUGCUUACAAUAAUACGGCCUUAUUUGAGGAGAGCGGUCUGAUCAGGAUCACCUUAGGAGCGUCCACCGUGUCCUCUGUCAGCAGUGUUCGCACCGCACGUACUCACUCCAGCCACAGAGCCUAUUUGAGGGAAAACAUUGCAGCUCGCCAGGGAUCUGCCAAAGAUCAUAGUCAUCACUCCGGUCCUACUGACUUAGACAUGGCAAUGUUUCACCGAGAUGGGGGAGGAGGGCAAGACUCUGAUUCGGACAGUGACCUAUCAUUGGAUGAGGAGCGCAGCCUGUCUAUUCCGUCAUCAGAGAGUGAAGAAAAUGUCCGCCCCCGAAACAGGUUCCAGCGUCAGUUCAAACGGGCAGCUCACAGCGAGAGGCUCCUCACCAACCCAUCAAAUCACAGCCCUAAAGAUAUGGAUGGCAAUGACUUGAUGUCCUAUUGGCCAGCUCUUGGGGACACAGAGGUGCAGCCAAACUCAUUGCAGAAAUGGGGGUCUGAAAGGAAACUUGGUCUUGAUCUCAACAAAGAUGCAGCUAAUAACAACCAGCCAGACUUGACCAGCGGGGAUGAGAAUUCUCUCACACACUCUCAUAGACAGAGAAAAGGAAUUUUAAAGAAUCGACUUCAAUAUCCACAAGGUUUGCCAUCCAUGGGAAGGAUGACAAAUGAAUUAUCUUGGUAUAAGACCUCCACAUUGGGUCACAGAGCUGUGCCGGCAGCCUCCUAUGGCAGGAUGUAUUCUGGAGCUGGCAGUCUAUCUCAGCCGACCAGCAGAUACUCUUCCCGAGAGCAGCUUGAUAUGCUAAUGCGCAAGCAGAUGUCGCGAGAGCAACUAAGUAGGAAUAAUUCCCGGGAACUUCUGGAAGCUGUACCCAGUAGACAUGGAUCUCGAGAACAACUGGAUACCAUCCCAAGCCGGCAUGGUUCAAGAGAGCACCUUGAAAUGAUUUCCAGUCGACACGGAUCAAGAGAACAUUUAGAAAGCAUAUCAAGCCGACAUGGUUCCAGAGAACAUUUAGACCAGUCAGACAUGAGAAGUGAUAGGAGGGAUGAUCUGCCUAGAAGGCAUGCUUCUAGGGAACACCUGGAAGAAUUACAUAGCAGAUAUGGGUCAAGAGAGCAACUUGACCCAGGGCCAGUAAGAGAACUGUCUCGAGAAUGGGUAAAUACUAUGCCAGGUAGGCAAGUAUCUAGGGAGAGAAUGGACUCUAUAUUAAACAGACAUCCUUCUAGGGAACAGCUAGAACUUCAGUCGAGAAGACAGCCUUCCAGAGAGCAACUAGCACCAACUAGGCAACUGUCAAGGGAACAAUUGGACUUUUUAUCAAGAAGGUCUAAUUCCAGAGACCACCUGGACACAGUGCCUAGUACACAUUCUUGUACAGAUAACUUAGAACCUCUUUCUAGAAGGCAACCAUCUAGAGAAAAUUUGGAGACUCUUUCAAAACGGCUGCCAUCUAGAGAUAACCUUGAACCUCUCUCUAGAAGACAGCCUUCCAGGGAAAAUCUAGACACAGUUCCCAGUCGGCAUCCGUCCACAGAACAACUAGAUAUUCUAUCAUCCAUCCUUGCUUCAUUUAAUACAUCUGUCCUUUCAUCCAAUAAUUCUGCCCAACAAACAGUGAACCCUUCAGUGCAAAACUCCUCAACCCCAUCUAUGCUGUGUUCCUCUACGCCCCAUUCCGCUACAUCACACAGCAUAUCCGAGAUGUCUGCAGAUUCUGAGUUAGUGAGAAAUGAUGGUCAUUCAUGAAAAAACUGCAUCGGGAGCAGAAGGAGAGGAAGAUCCUAUGGGCAGCUGUGUAUGCAAGCACUUGGUUACAUAUUUGCUAGCAGAGGUCUGUAGUCCACUCGCCAGCUGGCCUGAGACGUGACUGAGCAGAAGGAGGACGGGAUCUCAGGUAACCACUUACAACUGCAAUACUGAGGCCAGGAUGGAACAUCAACAAGUGCGCACAACCACAACAGGAGGCAAGUGUGGCACAGAGCACUGACGCAACCAAACGCUGUAUCUAUGUAUCGUCCAAGACGCUUGCUACGGGAGGCUCCUUUAAAUAGAUGGUCAUCAGGGGAAGAGAUGUUCACUGAACUGAACAGACAUUUUUUAUACGUUUUUGUACGUUUGUAACCAGAGCUAAAAAAAAAAGGGAAAAAAACUUACAAAAUUUUUAUCCUUAUUUUUAGGAAUAAUUUGUCGAUGUCAUUCCAAUGCAGACACUGUUCUUGUAAGAAACUAUUGAUUAUGCUUGGAUUGUCUAGAAAGUAGUGGAAGGUCCGAUGGAUUAGGAGGAACCUAUUACACAGGGUGAAAGGGGGAAAACAAUGUAUUUUAAUAUGACUGUAUAAAAGGAAACUAUAAAGAAAAUGUCUUAUGGUGUCUGGAAUUCCUGAUAAGCGAGAAAUGUAUACCCCUUGCCUUUACAGAUUACGUUGUCACCAUUCCUUGGAAAUCUUUUAGGGGUACAACCCCAUUUUCCAGUUUACAUAUAGAAUAAAUCUACAGAAGCCACUUUGUAAAUGACAGAACAUUACUUGUUACACACUGUAUUAUACUCCAGAGCUGCAUUCACAAGAAGUAAUGUAUUUGCACAUGGAUUUCAGUUCUUAUGCAGGAUAUGUCUGUAAGGCUCUGUUCACACUGCCAUCAGAACCUCCAUUUCAUUCUCAUCAGAUUUAAAGGGCAUUUUUGGCAUCUUAUAUUGAUAGCCUAUCAUGAGGAUAGACCAUCAGUGUCUGAUUGGCAGAGCCAUAGCUCUGGCAUAUACACAAUAAAUGUGGCCGGAAGCCCUGGCUUUAGGUUACUACAGCUCAGAUGCACUAGAGUAAUGUGGCACCACCACUACACAAUGAACGCAGCCAACAUCUUCUGGCCCUGUUUGUUGUGUAUAUGGCAGAGCAGCUUACACCCGGCACCCCUGCUGAACAGACACUGUAAAAUAUCUGGGAAACCACUUUUGGCUGUGUUUACAUGGUAUGUUUUAACUGCCUUUUGCCUGCAAUUUUGUCACGAUUUAGAAACGUUCGCAGUAAAAUAGCGCCAUUUUUGCUGCAACUAUGGACAUGUAUACUUGUCUGUAUUACAGCCACAAGUGCUGAACUAACUGCAGUUCUGCUGACCCAAACUGAGGUGUCCGUUUUGGUCAUCAGAAUCUCAAUCGGGUUAGAACUUGCAGCUGUAAUAUGGAUGUGUAUACACAUCCUUGUAGAGCCAGCCACACAAAAUUUGGGGGUAUGCAAGUGAGGAUGAGAACUGGCGAGAUUAAAAGGGUAUUCCGCCUUUUUACAUCUUAUCCCCUAUCCAAAGUAUAGGGGAUAAGAUGUAUGAUCGUAGGGCUCCCGCCACUUGGGGCCUACGCGAUCUCAGUGCAGCCCCCGGCUGGGGGUUGGCUCCAAGACGGGGAUGUGACGUCACGGCCACGCCCCUAGUGAUGUCAUGGCCACGCUGCCCUUCAUUCAUGGACCUGAAUGGAGGGGACAUGGUGUGACGGCACGAGGGGGCGUGGCCGUGAUGUCACGUCUCGGAGGCAGCGCUCGGCACAGAAUGCCGGGGGCUGCACCGAGAUCAUGUGGGUCCCCAGCGGCAGGAGCCCUACAAUCAUACAUCUUAUCCUCUAUCCUUUGGAUAGGGUAUACGAUGUAUAAAGCCAGCAUACCCCUUUAACUCCCUGAGGUGUAAGGCUUCCUAAGUCAUUGGAGAUACUCGGUGCCUGGUACCUUAUUGAUGAUAAUAUUAUAUGAUAAUACUUAUUGCAUUGUCUGCCAACAUUCGGAGCCCGCAGGUUAUGUGCAUUCAGUGUAGGCAGCAUGGUAAAACAUCAGAAUCGGAUGCAGGGUUACUUGAAAUAAACCUUCACCGGAGCUUUAAAAAGUGUAUAAUUGUAUAAAUCUUACGGACAAUUUGCUUCAAAUAAACUUACAUUUUCAUAAAGAGCGGUAUAACAGAGCCACUUUUAUAUACUUGCUUAUUAUGUCCAACAGUACACAAGUGUAGUUAUGUCUCCUCUGCCUCCUGCUGUAUCGCCUUUGACUAUAGUAUGCAAAUAAUGGUGAACACUGUUAGUAGAUAACCUCCUAUUACCUCUCAUAAAACACAAGGAGCCUCUUAUAUCCUGCCAUAAAGGGGUUACAUUUUUAAUUUUAAGCCCAUGACUUUUGCCAUAUUUAUACAAGACUUGCACCAGGGCAUGAAAGGGAUGUAGCUUAUCAAUCUAUCAAGCUAUUAUCUAUUAACUUGCACCAUCAUUUUUAUUUACUGGGGUACACAUGGCAACUAUGAGGAGGCAUUGGUGUAUUUACUGUGUGUCUGGCACAUUUUGAUAAAUAUGGAACAGUUUUUGCCAGAUUUAAAGGUGUACUCCACUGGAAAAAAAAAAUUAAAUCAACUGGUGCCAUAAAGUUGAACAGAUUUGUUAAUUAUCACACAAUGAAGAGAAAAGAACAGAAGGAGAGCAACUCUGUAUAAUGGUGGUACCGGUAUUAGGGGUCUGCGGAAGUUGUCAGGGUCCAGUUACUCCGUAAUACCUGCGGGGUGCAUGCGACUAGAUAAAGUAUCAAUAUGUAACACUAAAAGAAUGUAGCAUUCACUCACCGCAACAACGGCAUCGACGUUCCUGGCUGGAGGGGAUCACGGGUCGAUGUCUUCAGAACUUCAGGAGCGCUCAGAGGCUACAACCGGUUUGUUUCACGCACUGCUGCGCGCUUCGUCCGGCCUAUCCUGAAGUCCUGAAGACGCCGACCCGCGAUCCCCUCCAGCCGGGAAUGUCGAUGCUGUUGUUGCGGUGAGUGAAUGCUACAUUCUUUUAUUGUUACAGAUUUGUAAAUUACUUCUAUUAAAAAAUCUUAAUCCUUCCAGUACUUAUGAGCUGUUAUAUGCUCCACAGGAAGUGCUCUCUGCUGACACCUCUGUCCAUAUCAGGAACUGUCCAGAGCAGGAGAGAUUUGCUGUGGGGAUUUGCUUCUACUCUGAACAGUUCCUAAAAUGGACAGAGGUGUCAGCAGAGAGCACUGUGGUCAGACAGAAAGGAAAUUCAAAAAGAAAAGAACUUCCUGUGGAGCAUAUAACAGAUUUAUAAAUCUGUUUAACUUUCUGGCACCAGUUUAUUUAGAAAUAAAAUGUUUUCCAGUGGAGUACCCCUUUAACAUCUAAUUUUCCUUUGUUUUUUAUUGUUUCUUUAUCUAAUGUUUUACAGUUCGUGAUUUCUGACACAGUCAGAUGUUCAGACUGUGAAUACGGAAGCUCCCUCCCCUGCUCUCCAGAAGGAAAUCACAGCAAAAUUUCACGCACUUCGGGGAAGGUUUACCAAAACCUGUGCAGAGGAAAAGUAAAGCAGUUGCCCAUAGCAACCAGAUAGUUUAAUUUAAAAAGAAGGGUCCCUUAAAAAUGAAUGACGCAAUCUGAUUGGUUGCUAUGGGCAACUGCACCAUUCUUCCUCUACACAUGUUUUGAUAAAUCUCCCCCUUUAUACCUGACAAGCUAGCUGUAUGUUACCAAAUCAGGUUUCUGUGAUUCUGAAGCUAAGACUAUAUUCACAUGUUCAGGUUUAUUAAUUGCAGUUAUUGAAUACAAAGCCAGGAACAGGUCAUAAAUGGUCGUAAAUGAAAGACUGAGACUUCUCCCCUUUUCAAAUUCAUUUCUAGCUUUUUAUUUAAUAAUUGUAAUUAAUAACCUGAAUGUGUGAACAUAGCCUAAAGAGACUUUCUCAGUGCAAAUCAUUAAAGGGGUACUCCGCUGCCCCAGCAUUCGGACCAUCGUCACGGCCAAGCCCCUCGAACAUCACACCACGCCCCCUCAAUGCAAGUCUAUGGGAGAGGUCCCCUUCCCAUAGACUUGCAUUGAGGGGGCGUGGCGUGAAGUCACGACCCCCGCAGCCCACACCGAGCAUUCGGAACAGAAUGUUCCGAACACUGGGGCAGCAGAGUACGCCUUUAACUUUCUUUAUCUGUGGAAUACAGUUGCAGCCAUAAGAUAUGUUUGUACUAAGGGCCCUAUUACACAUGAAAAUUAUCGGCUGAAGUCAGCCGGAGAAGCCAUCAGCUAAUUUUUUGGCAGAUUGGGUCAUUUUGGUAAAAAAAUCAGGGUCCCGCGUCACCCGUGUAAUAGGGGAUGCACAGCCGAUGGCUGAUAACAGCAUAGGGCCACAGGAAUAAUCCAGUGAUCGUUCGUGUAGUCAUCCACACACGAUUACUGAGCCAUGUAAUAGGUUUGGGCUAUCUAACAUGACCCUAAGGGGAUGUUCACAUGUUCAGGUUUUUAAUUGCAGGUUUUGCCAGGGACAGAUCAUAACUGGAGGACAUGUAUAAAGGAAAGACUGAGACUCCUCUUUUUAGUUCCAUUCCUGGUUUUGUAUUCAAACUUGAAUGUGGGAACAAGUGGUGGUUUUGAUUGUUGAAAUGGGCUUCCAAUAUUUUUAGGAAAAUGUGUUUGCAAUACAUAUGAUGCACUGAUAAUCAUUUUUUAAGUGUAUUUCUUUAAAGAGGUACUCCACCCCUAAACAUCUUAUCCUCUAUACAAAGGAUAGGGGAUAAGAAGUCUGAUCGAGGGGGUCCCGCCGCUGGGGACCCCCAUGAUCUCGGCUGUAGCACCACAGACACCCAGGCACAGAGCAAACUUUGCUCAGUGCCGGAUGACUGGCGAUGCGGGCGGAGGCUCAUGGCAUCAUGGUCACACCCCACUCAUGACAUCACUGCCACAGCCCCUCAAUGCAAGUCUAUGGGAGGGGGUGUGACGUCACGAGCCUCCAGCGCUGCUCCGGACGCUCUAAAUGAACACAGGGUGCAUCAGGGAGAUCCCAGCGGUGGGACCCCCAUGAUCAGACAUCUUAUCCCCUAUCCCUUGGAUAAGAUGUUUAGGGACGGAGUACCCCUUUAACCCCAUUAACUAUCCUUUCCAGAUUUGAACCCCACUUGUGUUCUAAUCCACCCAUAUGGCCUAGUUCAGACCAGAUCUGUGGAUUUCCCUGACUCCAGAUCAACAAUAUAAUAACUCUACAUAACUGCUGAGCCAUAACACCUAGGUUGCUUUCCAAUGGUUUCUACAUCCAUAGACAUUUUUAAAAAGGCACAAACAAACCCCUAUUUGGCUAUACAAGGAAUAUUAUCUCAAUAUCCAGACUCAAAAGGCUGUUAUUAUAAAAUUGUAAUAAAAUAAAAAACGGGUGUAAAAGUGGAGGCGCACUCUAAACCAAAAAUAUAUUACUGACCUAGGAAGAAAUUUCUUUUUGGAUAGGAUCACCUUAUUGCCACCUCUUGCAUGUCCAUUAAUAAAACCAGACAAGGGCAAAUGCAAGCGUUCAUCCAUUCCAACCUUUCAAAAUCACUGUUGCCGAAAUGUCUGCAUGUAUCGGUGUUGCAAUGACAAUUAAAAUAUCAGAAUUAUUGUGUGCUGCAAGACUCCAACGUUGUCUAUCGUGUAAAUCCUGCAGAUGAACAUUAUGUAAAAAGAAAGAAACCCAAGGUAUAAAUAAAACUAUUCAUGCAACUCGGAAAAUGGUGCAGUAUGCUAACAUAUACGUGUGUAUAUCAGCAUACAUCUACGUGUGCGUGUGGUCUUGGCGUGUUUUGUUCUUGGCUCUUUGUUAUCUGUUGUUUAAAUAGAAAAAUGAACAAACCUGUUUAUUUUUUCAGAAUGUAUAUAAAGAUUGAAUCUCAAAAUUCUAUUUGUUACGCAUAUUUAUACUACGGCCUAUUUAUUUUACUUGACUCAUUUGUAAGCAAUUUUUUUUUCUGUGUUUUGAUAAAUAUUUUCGAUGUUUAUUAUCACCAAAAAGACUCAAAACCUGUUUCUUUAUUUUUAAUUAUUUUUUUAAACAAACAAGAUUGUAAUGGAAAAUUGAACACUUUGGUGUGGUUUCUCUUUUUCAGCAAUUUUUUUUUAUUAAAUAUUUUUUUUUCCCAUACAAGGGAAUAAUGGAAAAAGUAGAUCUCUCAAAAUUGCAGUAUUCUAGGUUUCUAGUUCUAGCUUCCCAGGUGUAGGAAAUUUUUUUUAUUUUUUUUAAACUUUAUACUUAAAAGAUUCACAUACACACAUUUUUAGGAGUUAAUUUCAAUGAAAAUUAUUACUAUAAUUGUUCAUUACAAAGUUUACUAGAGUAAUUUUUCAAAUGCUAAGGUUGAUAGGCAUUUUGACAAUAAGUUAGUUGCCUAGAAACUGUUGGCAGAAGCAGUAGGUGACCAUGGGAAAUCUUCAUGCUCUGAUGUCACUCAAUAUGGAGCAGAAAUGCUGGUGGUUUUUAGGACAACAUGUGUCUCCCAAUCAGAGUGACACAAUUAAAGGGGUCCUCCAGAGCACACCUGAAUGGAUCAACUUAACUCAUUGUUCACCAAUAUCUUGUGUUCUGAGGUAAAGAGUAAAAUUUGUAUAACUUAACACUUUUGGGCCCUAUUUCUAAAUCUGUAAUAGCCACAUUCCCCACCCCCUCAAUUGCCAUGUGCCAGGACCUCGUUGCAAGUACUACCUGCCUCCCCCUAUAGCUGUGCCCCUGGAGGCAUGAGGACAAAAGCUACAUUAAAUGGAGAAGAUUAUGGGACAGAUCUCCUUUUAUAAGAAUUUUUUUUGUUUUGUUUUUUGUUUUUGUUUUUUUUUCAUUUGUUUGUCGAAAAAUGAAACAAGAAAGUUAUUACAUUUGUUUCUUGUAAAAUUGUAAAAAUAAAGCUCCAGAUUUGACAAUAAAAUAUUGUAUAAUGA